AUGCGGAACAACUGGCAGCUCCAUGCCUCGCUCUCUGUAGAUCAUGCUGUGGGUUUUGACAACCCUGAGGCUUCCGGCGUCUCAGUGGUCGCCCGCACCAGAAGCCUGGACGACCAAAUCAGGCCAUCUGCCAAGUUUAGUGCCUAUGAGGUCAUUUGGCAUGCCUUCCAGCAGGAGGUGGCGGUGCAACUCCGCCGCCGCGCCCCUCACGAGCUCCCCCAGGUGCUCUCGGAAUUGGGUGGGGCCUCCUCCCUGGACUUCUUCAACCUCCUGACUGCGCUCCACCGCGUGGCGAAGGGGGCUCGCAGUGCGCAGGUGGAUGCAGUGGCCAGAGAGGUCAUGGAUGGCAUGAGAAGGCGCCUUGCGGGCCUGGAGGAGGGGCCCCGAGGAAAUCCUACGCCACGGAUGCCAUGGCUGGCGAGGGGUGCCUGGGCCGCGGCGCGGCUGGCCCAGGAGCCGAAUCUCCGUGAGAGUGCCCUGGGCCUGCUCACCGAGGUCAAGCACGCUGCCGUGCAAUUGCUGGACUCUUUGGGUGAGGAAGUGGAACCCAGGGAUGCGGCGCAGCUGCUUUGGGCGAUGGCAAGCUGGCACGUAGACUGCCCUGACCUGCUUCAGAGACUGUCGCCGCAGCUAAGACGGCAGCGGCCGGAGUCCCUGACACCACAGGACACCUCCAACCUCCUCUGGGCCCUCGGCCGCCUCGGCGGGGAUGCCGCUGCAGUGGCUGCGCUGGUGGCGGCCGCGGGUGCCCAGGCCGCGCGCAUGGAGCCCCAGGCAGGGCAGGGCUGGGAGGACCCCCUCCCCCCUCCCACUCCCACUCCCUGA